CUAAGCCGACAGCACCAGGGGCAGCCCAUUGGCAGGCGUCAGCCGAUAGAUGGCGGCCAGCCGAAGAAACCGCCCCAUCGCCCGCCACUCCUCGCCAUUGCCCCGCUCCAGCACGUAGACCACCUUCAAGCCGGCCUCCACAUCACCGCCAAUGUCGAAGGCCAACACGUCCGCCAGGCCGAGACGACUGAGGGCCUUGUGGAUGUGCUGCUGGACGGCGUUGAGCAGGGUGCUGUUGACGGUCUCCGCAGUGUGGCCCAGCAGCUCCUGUUGCCGAGUGCGGGUGGCGAGCUGCGAGCGGAGAGCGGCUCGUUUGGCAUCGUCAGUCGCCAUGGCCAUGGCGGCCAUCUUGCUGAUGGGCAAUGACAGGUCAAAGAGGUCGGCGGGCUGGAAGAGGGCAGGGCUGGGGGGACGGGGCGAGGGCGCCGCACCAGUGGGCUGCAUCGUGAGUGUCCUGAGCUCUCAGCGAGGCGUGCUAUGAGUGAUCUGCCGGCACAAACAGCAGACACACGGAGAGGGAUCGCUUUGCGGCAUUUGAUGUUGCAUCUGCCUCUCUCGCUGCCCUCUCACCUCCGAUGAGUGUCUUGAGAGCUCGAAAAGGUAC